GAGAGAGAGAGAGGGAGAGAGAGAGAGAGAGAGAAAAAUCGAGAGAGAGAUGGCGGUGAGUAAACCAGUAGAAGAAGACUUGGAGGAUCAAUUUUUGGUGUGGAAGAUGAACACGCCGUUGCUGUACGAUCUCGUGAUCUUCCACUCUCUCGAGUGGCCGUCUCUCACCGUCCAGUGGCUUCCGUCGCCGCCUUCAUCUGACGGCGGAGAUCUCGCCGUUCACAAAUUGAUCCUCGGGACCCACACAUCCGAUGACUGCCCCAAUUUUCUCAUGGUCGCGGACGCCUACCUCCCCCGCGACCCCUCAUCCGCCAUUGAAGUCGAUCCCGAUAACUCCAUCAUGCCUAAGAUAGAGAUAGUUCAAAAGAUACAAGUAGAUGGAGAAGUGAAUAGGGCUCGGUGCAUGUUACAAAACCCGGCUAUAGUUGCUGCCAAGACCAGUGGUUCAGAAGUAUAUGUAUUUGACACUACUAAGCAGCUGAUGGAUGCCAAAGGCAGUUCUUGUGAGCCAGAUUUGAGAUUGAGGGGUCAUGACAAAGAGGGAUAUGGUUUGUCGUGGAGCUCAUUAAAACAAGGAUAUCUUUUGAGUGGUUCAAAUGACUGCAAAAUCUGUUUGUGGGAUGUUUCUGCAAUGCCUCAAGUGAAAGUGCUUGAAGCAAAUUAUAUUUACGAGGGACAUGAAAACGUGGUUGAGGAUGUGUCGUGGCAUUUAAAGAAUGAAAAUCUAUUUGGCUCUGUAGGAGAUGACUGCAAGCUAAUGAUCUGGGAUUUACGAACAAACAAGUUCCAACACUCUGUUGUUGUACAUGAGAAAGAGGUGAACUAUCUAUCUUUUAAUCCAUUUAAUGAGUGGAUUUUGGCUACUGCAUCCUCUGAUAGUACAGUUGGACUGUUCGAUAUGCGGAAUUUGAGUUCUCCAUUGCAUACUCUUAGCAGUGAAGUGGAAGAGGUAUUCCAGGUCGAAUGGGAUCCUAACCAUGAAGGCGUUUUGGCGUCUUCUGCUGAUCACAUAAUGUUGACUAUUUGGGACCUUAACAGGAUUGGAGAUGAACAGCUGCAAGGGGAAGCUGAAGAUGGCCCACCAGAACUCCUAUUCUCACACGGUGGUCACAAAGCAAAGGUUUCCGACUUUUCGUGGAACGAGAAUGAGCCGUGGGUAAUUUCUAGUGUAGCAGAGGAUAAUUCAUUACAGGUAUGGAAGAUGGCUGAGAGCAUUUAUUGUGACGAGGAUGACACUCAAUCCGCUGAUUGUCCAUAGUAAGAUUCAUACUACUACGAUAGUAAGACCUUCUCGGUUUUCGGGUUUGAGAAAUGUUGGGUUGGUCAUUUUAAUCUUUUCGACUUUGUUGGAGUCUUAGUUACGGCUCGUUGUGUGUUAAUUGCAUAACAAUAUGGAAAUUCAAAAGUGAAGUAUUAUUAUUGAUGACAAAUGCUUUGAAUUGACUUA